AUGGCUGCAGAAUAUAAUCGUCUAGAGUCAAAAGCCAAACAAAAUCUCAAGAAAAACGCCAGCAUCUUCUCCAUUCUUUCAUUCUGGUGGGUGGGAGAGCUCCUUGUCAUCAGGAACAAGCGCCCUAAUGAUAUUGAUGAUUUGUUUCCGUUACUCGACGAGGACAAAACUCGACCGUCAGCGGAAAACCUGCAGCAGAGAUGGAGUGAGGUAACCACAACACGUGCAUCUGGAAAAGGUGGAAAUGGACUUCGGUUAUUUGGCGCCCUCAUUGCAAUGUUCUCCUGGGCUGAUUACAUGUUCAUUUUGAGUACAACUUUGUUAGAUAGCGUUGGGAAUAUUCUUCAGAUAGUUUUUUUGAGUUUGCUGUUACCAGAAUUAAUGAAGUCUUCCGAUAAAGAGUUGUCAUGGACACCGUAUAUCUACGCUAGCGGUAUCUGGCUGAGUUCUUUAGUGCGAUUUCUUGCCCGACACCAAACCUUUUAUAACGCUUAUUUGAUGACCCUAAGAUGGAAGUCUGCAACGAUUGGGAUCAUAUACAAAAAGGUUAUUUGUCUAAACCAAGCGGAUGUAUCAAAGAUUACAAGUGGAUACAUACUCAACCUUAUCGCCAGUGAUGUACAGCGUUUCGAGCAUUCUUUUGUUUGUAUUUUUAUGUUAAUUCAAGCCCUGCUUGAAACAAGCAGCGUUGCAUUUCUUAUGGUGUACUUGUUUGGAUGGAGGCCUCUAUUAGGAGUAGCUUUUAUGAUUCUCCUUUCGUUGUAUUACGGUGGAAUGGCUAAAGUGUGCGCCAUUCCACGAUAUCCAAUCUCUAAGGUGGCUGAUGAACGUGUUGACAUUAUGAACUCCAUCAUCCCAGAGAUUCGUACCGUCAAGAUGUACGCGUGGGAGUGGCCGUUCAUUGAAAGAGUGAAACGACUACGAAGGUACGAAACCUGCCAUAAUAAAUCCUGUUUCUUUUUCCUUUGA